AUGAGGCAAAAUUAUGGAGUGGGUAUCACUGUAUGCAGGGAAUGGAAAGCAAAAAUGAUAGCAAGACAAAUGAUAGAAGGGGAUGCAGACAAGCAAUAUUCAAAUUUGUGGAGGUAUGCAGCUGAAUUGCAUAGGGUGAGUGCUGGAAACACUGUAAAGAUCAACAUUGAGAGACCAUUACCUUCCAUCCAACCAAGGUUUGGUUCUUUCUAUUUCUGUUUUGAGGGAUGUAAAAAAGGGUUCAUAGAUGGUUGUAGACCUUUUAUUGGGGUGGAUGGCUGUCAUCUGAAGACUAAGUAUGAAGGUCAGUUGUUGAUAGCAGUGGGAAGGGACCCCAAUGAUCAAUAUUUUCCACCAGCCUUUGGGGUUGUUGAAACAGAAACAAAAGAAUCUUGGAAGUGGUUUAUACAGUUGUUAAUGGAAGAUAUUGGAACAGAAAAAAGAUAUGUAUUUAUCUCAGACCAGCAAAAGGGUUUGGUGGCUGUAUUUGAAGAAAUGUUUGAGAGGAUUGAGCACAGACUUUGCUUGAGGCAUUUGUAUGCAAAUUUCAAGAAAAAGUUUGGUGGAGGAGCACUUAUAAGAGAUCUAAUGAUGGGAGCAGCCAAGGCAACAUACCAUCAAGCAUUCUUGCAGAAGAUGACUGCAUUAAAGGCAGUAGAUCCACAAGCUUGGGCAUGGCUAAUGGGAGUGCCAACUAAAUCUUGGUGUAAGCAUGCUUUUAGCUUUUAUCCUAGGUGUGAUGUUUUAAUGAAUAAUAUCUCUGAAUCCUUUAAUGCAACAAUCUUAUGUGCUAGGGAUAAACCCAUAUUGACAAUGUGUGAGUGGAUUAGGAAAUAUCUAAUGAAUUGGUGUAGCCAAUCUACUUUGAAACUUGAUAAAUGGCCACACAAAAUCAUGCCAAUCCCUAGGAGGAGAUUAGAUGCUGAGCUAGUUGGUAUUCCCUGUAGGCAUAUUGUUGCUGCUCUAGGCUUUAGACAACAAAAUCCAGAAUUGUUUGUUCAUGAAUGUUAUAGCAGGGAGAAAUAUGCUUUAUGCUAUGGUUUUCCUAUUAGUCCUAUAAAUGGACAAGACAUGUGGCCUAUGGUUGAAAGUGAAGAUCUCUUGCCUCCUGACUUCAAAAAGGGUCCUGGUAGAUCAAGGAAAUUGAGGAUUAGGGAGACUAGAGAGGAAGGUGCUAGGAGGAGGCUACCUGGUGUGUCUUACUGGUGCACUAGAUGUGACAAGAUUGGGCAUAAUAUUAAGUCAUGCAAGAGCAAGGUGCAAGAUCCAAGUGCCUUGAAAAGAAAGGUAUGA